ACACACACCCUUCCCUACACACGCAUACAUACACACACACACACACCCUUCCCCCAUGCGUGUCUUUCAGACUAGCCGCUUCUCCCAAGGCCGGGUUGAAUGGGAAAGAACGGGCCGGUCUUUGUCAUUAAUCCUCCCCUCCUUCAAAGGAGCCAAGCUUCUUCCGGGUCAGCAACAAUCACCGCCAACCCCAUCGGGCCCCCGGUCCCCCAUACCGCUAGCCCUGAAGCGCGCGAGGGCCAGGUCGCCACCUCCGCAGGUUGCGGGAGGGGAGGAGGGCGAGGAGGAGGGCGGGCGGGCGGCGCGGGAGUGGGGGAGGGAGGGAAGAAAGGAGGGAAGGAGGGGAAGGCAAUCCGAGGAGGAGGAGGAGAGAGCAGCCUCCCGCAGACAGCGAAGAGAAUGGGAGUGCGGGGCGACAGACCGCCGCGGGGUGUCACGGCAGUGGCCGAGCUUGCCAGGCGCAAGGCCGGUGCCCGCCGCUUUUAAACCCGGGAGGGCGCGGCGGCGGCAGCGGCGGCGACGGGCGGAUCGCGGCGCGCGCGGGGAGCCGGGAGGCGGCCGAAUGGAGAGGAAGGGCUCGGCGGCCGGGGCCAAAGGAAACCCUAGCCCGCCCGCGGCCGGUGAGGCGCAGCGGCCACAGCCGCCUCUGUGCGUCCCGGGCGGCAGCGGAGGGACCCCGGCGCGGGGCCAGGCUGGGGCGGCGGCUGAGCCCGCCGAGUUCAUCAGGCGCGCGCACGAGUUCAAGAGCCAAGGGGCGCAGUGCUACAAGGACAAGAAAUUCCGCGAAGCCAUCGGCAAAUACCACAGGGCGUUGCUGGAGCUGAAGGGGCUGCUGCCGGCUGCCGGGGAACGGGAGCGGGACUCGCGCUCGGCCUCCCCGGCCGGGGCCCCCAACCCCGGUCGCCUCUCAGAGGAGCAGAGCAAGACGGUGGAAGCCAUCGAGAUCGACUGCUACAACAGCCUGGCAGCCUGCCUGCUCCAGGCUGAGCUGGUGAACUACGAGCGAGUCAAGGAGUACUGCCUCAAAGUCCUGAAGAAAGAAGGCGAGAACUUCAAGGCCCUUUACCGGUCCGGUGUGGCCUUCUACCACCUCGGAGACUAUGACAAAGCACUCUACUACCUGAAAGAAGCAAGGACCCGACAGCCCACAGACACCAACGUGAUUCGAUAUAUCCAGCUGACGGAGAUGAAGCUCAGCAGAUGCUCCCAGAGAGAGAAGGAAGCCAUGUAACCAGAACACCUUUCUAGAGCCGAGCCUGACCCAGGACAUCCAGGCACCCCCGCCCGGUGGAAAGCCCCACCCUGGGUUCUGUUCCUUGCUCCCCACUUCCAACUCCUAUUGCCCCUCAAUUCUUUGUCUACGCCCAGUGUGAAAAGAAGGGGACAUGCAGAUUCAGGAUCUGGUGGGUGGCCCUGACAUCCUCUUUUCAGCAGGGCAGCCCCUACAAGGGACCUGACUUCUGCAGGAAGAGCUGGAGAGGACCCUCUCCAGUUGGGAAAGCCUUUGCAGCUGUGACUCGAGCCAGUGCUUCUGACAAAGGCGGAGCCUUGCAGGUGUAGCACCCCGAAGGCGUCAGGCACGUUGCCCACGGGCUGGCCCCUCCACCCCUUCCUAACAGACAGGAGCAUCUCAAGGCAACUGUGACAAGUCCAGGGAUGAGAAGUGUUGGUGAAGCCAACACAGUCCCGGGAAUUUGUACACUGGAUUUCUGCACCCCUGCUCCCCACCCCCAGGAGCCUCAGGCCCUGCCUCCCUCCCCCACUUGUUGUCUUGGCUUGUGCUCUCUUCUCGCCCCCUCGGGGGUCAGAGACGCUGCCAGGAUUCACAUACCAUUGAAGCCCACUCUCAGUGCCCUCUGAUGACCACGCAUACCAUUCUCCCGUACUCCCACCCAGCAGGCAGCUGGGACAGCAGAAGGGGAGGGUGAAGUGGACCAAGGGCUGACCACGUAGGUGAUGGGGGCGGGAAAGAUGAGUCCUAGGGGAAAGAGCGUUGUACAGACUGGGAGAAUGAACUGUGGACUAAUUAAGUGUAAAUAAAAAUAAAUUAACAGGCAGCAGUUCCUGUCAUUUCUGUUGGAAGCAGCCCACUUCCUCAUUUUUACUCCCUCCCCCAACCCUCAAUUGGAGCCACUUACAGCCAGGCAGGAUGGGGCUUCCCCCAAAGCAAUGGGCCAAUUGUCCAGUGGUGUAUAAUGCUGGCUGCAUCUUUGUGCUUUUAGAGUAGGCUGGGAUUGUGGAGACUGCCCAGGGACUUGACUGAGUGGGAACACGUAAGCCUCUUUUUGAUGAAAUCUGUACUCAAUAUCUAGCACAUAGAAUGCGUUCAACAAAUAUUUGUUGAAUGACUAACCGAUUGCAGACUGGCUCUCCUGCCUUAAACUAAUUUUAUCCCAGCCUAGUCUCCUGUACCUAUGCUCUUUAUGUGAUGCCAUGUUGCUUCAGUCAAAUAAGAAAUAUUUACUGAGG